GCCAAUUCGAACGUGCGCGCGCAGACAUGCAAUUUGAAGAUGGAUUGAUGCUAAAAAUCACGAUGGAGGAAAACAUACCGAUCAUUAUUUUAAGCGAUGACGACGAUGAUGCUGAUGAAUCGAUGACGCUCAACGAUUCCUCAGUGUUGUUUGUCGAAAAUGAAAAUAACGAAACCGAAAUAACAAAACACAUUGAGCAGGUUGAUGAGGAUUUGGCAAUAACAUACACCCAGACUGGAACUGUGCUCCCACAUGCAAGAUAUGACUGCACACUACAUUUCUGCCGUGCCGAUCAGGACCUCUCCGGACCUCUACAACAAAAUGCAACGUACUGCGAUCAAUGUUUCUGCUACAUCUGUGACAAGCAGGUCUCCAUGUGUGAGUUCUGGACCACCCCUGGCAUUUGCCACUGUAAUGCACAUAAGCACAGCGUUUAUUGGAAGGCGCUCCGUGAUAAAAGCCUCAUGGGAUAUCUACACGAGCUCAACUUCGCCUUCGACCCCCUUGAUAUGGAUUCGGACUUACGGCAUGCCGAGACAUCUCUGAAGAAGUUUGCUGGCAGUUUGGCGAAGAAGUAUGCAGUGUUUCUGAUGGGGUGUGGGUCUGAAAUGAGAUCUGUGACCUGUCGGUGCAACUGUCACCGCAUCAACGAUAACACUGCUAUUCAAGCGGGAUGCAAAGGGUGUCAGAAACAUCACUUGAAGGUUUUGUCGUUCGAUUACUCUCCUGUGAGUCAGCACAUCCAGAUGUUUUUGCAAGAAGCAAUGAAAGAGAAUCCAAAGGCUUGUAUCGUAAUGCUGUUAGGGGCAGUCAAGAUCUUCAUCAGUCACAAUGCUCCUGGAAAUACACAUGCUGCUUUUGCCGUGUCUGAUGCUGUGACAUUGCUGCAAUGGAGAAUUAUAACAAAAGUGUGGAUGCUUUUAGUCAGCUGUGAUUUUUCCAGUUCCUUCACAAAGCAGCUAGAGGCUUUUUACCAGAGGCUUCCUCUUCUCAUUGUCUCCCCAUUGCCAAAAAAUCUGCACGUGCUGCCAUGGGAUGAUCCCUUGCUCUCUGCCGUGAUAAAGGGUCAGAACAUCGGAGAGAGACACGUCAAAGGUCGAAGGCUUGAAACCUUGUGGGAACCUCUGGGCUUGAUCGAAGCUCGAGUCUGUAGACUUCAACAACAAAACAAGCAUCGUGAGCUGGCUCGGUACCUCAAGGUUGUUAAAAGUCACAACAUCCCCCAGCUACAGAGACUCAAAGACUUUGUUCCUCUCUUUCUGUGCAAGGUUGGAGAAUACAGUGCUGCUGUUAAUGCUCUGUUAUCACCAUUGCCCCAUUCUCCUUGCACCGCUUCCAGACUCACGCCUCCACAGUUCAGAGCUUACCUCAGAAUUCUCACAUCAGGCCACGCCCCCAAGAUAGAAAAUCCUCAAUCUGAUUCAGGAAAUGUCAAUACAAUCAUGCCCGACCAUUUGUUGGCCACUGAGUGGACACCUGUUGAAGGUUCAAAUUUAAAGAGGAUGGAGGUGCUGAAGUUUGCUCUGAGGGUUCUGGACUGUAACAAUGCUGUUUUUGCAGAUACUGAGAGCUGGGUGUAUUUACUCAGUGUAGUCAGUUCCAGUCACAUCACUCAGGAUGGACUUGUUGUAGCUGCGUUCUAUGAGGAGCCUGAUGUCAACUUUCAGACGGUGACCAGAGGCAUCGCCAAUUCAAUUCUGAAAGAGCUGACAGCCACUUCUCGAAUACAGAUUUCCAAGACCUUUGAGAAUGGCUAUCCUGACCAGGCAAGGCUAUUGCUGGCCACUCAGGCAUUGGUACUGCGAAUAUUACACUCGCAAUUCAGCCCCAUCCUAACCGUCAUCUUGUCUUUCAGGUUCAACCGCUGGGCUCUUCGCACGCUGUUCUUUGGCCUUUUGGUGAGACCAGACGUGCUGCACUAUCUCCUGUGUUGUGUUGUGGAGGAACUGUCUCACGACCAAUACCAAAGCAAACGGAGUGAAUCGGACCAUUCCCUGAUUUCCUACUUCCUCUGUCUGUUCUUCCUGGAGAACGACAUUGUCCUAACUUCCAACACGUAUCCCACCAACACACUUCUUGCUACAUGGAACGAAGUGCACUUCCCUUGGCAAAACAGCUUGAGGACGUAUCUUGAAUGUAAUAUCGCUAGUCUUAGUCAAGAAAAACGCCAAAUUCUGCAACAAAUUCAAAUCAGAGCGUCUUACCCACAUCCUGAAUAAGAGAAUGUUUUCUGUGAUGCGUUUCGUUAAGAAUAUUAUGCUUGGCCCAAAACAAUUUGAUGAUGAUUUUAUGCAGGGAAGAUUUUGAUAUGAUAUUUUUUCAGUUUUGGCCUAAGAAGGCGCAAGAGCUGUUCCUGAUGUAAUUAAGUGUUUUUGUUAAUUGUGUAGUGAGCUAGUU